UGGACACGAGUUGACUGUGGCAAGUUAGAGAAGUUCCGAGUAUUUUAAAAUGGACCCGAAUAAGAUUUUCAGUCAGAAUUCAGCGUUUCUUCAGCAGUAUCAGGCCGAUCUGAGCAAGCAAACUUCACAGGAAAAUGUAUCCCGACAUAUCAGUCUCUUGACAGGAAAGACCGCCCAGUUGCGAAAUGCGUCUAGAACCUCUUUGUUAAAGACGUCCCAAGAGGGACCAUUGGUUAGUGGGGCAGGGACCAGUCGCCCUCAACUCACACAAGUCAUCAAAAAACCACAGGGGAUGACCAUUGUCAAAAAAUCUCCUGCAACCAGAGUCGUGGUUGGAGGAAAAGCAACAACUGUUACAAGGCCAGCCCCAGUGAAUCCGUAUUACAAACGAUGGAAGCGGCUCAAGAGAGUCAUGAAAGACCUGAUGUUUAUGAAUGCAUCUGUUUGUGAUGAAGUGAUCCAUGUUGAAGAAAAGAUUGCUAAAGCUAAAGAAGAGAGAAGGUGUCUGUUACGGAAGCUCCUCCAUUACGAGUCUCUAAAGGACGGAUUCCCGUCGUCCGGUAAAGCCUCCCCUGCUGACAGUGGAAACAAGACUCAGGUGACGGCAAUGGAGACUAACCCAGAACCUGCGAUAAUCAAGAGUAAAUCUAAGAAGAAGUCCACAGGGGGCGGGGACAAGAAGAAAACGGGGACAACACCAACUGUGUCCAAAGAAAUCAUAGAGACAAUUCAGACCAAGUCCAAGAAGUCCAAGUCUGCAGUCACAAGACGUGUGGUCCCUCCAUUACAGCUCGACUCCAUGGGGCGGCCGAUCUUCCCCCUGGUGAUUGGGGACCUCACACUCCACAGCCUGGGGGAGAUUGUGAUAGACCGGCCCAGCUUCCACAACCCCCAGUGUAUCUUCCCCGAGGGCUUCUGUACGACCCGCUACUACGCCUCCACAGUGUUUCCUGACAAAAAAUGUCUGUACACCUGUAAAAUCUCCAGCAGUGUGCAGGGCCCUGUGUUUGAGAUCGACGCAGAUGAUGAUGAGGAUCUAGUGAUAAGCAGCCAUUCUAUUGGGGAAUGUCACAACCAGCUGAUCGCCAUGAUCAACAAGUCAAGAGGUAUGGAGAUAUUGGAGCCCUCGGGGAGGGGGGCUGAUUUCUUCGGCCUGACCCACCCGGUGAUUCAGAACCUGAUCCAGAGUUCCCCCGGGGCCAAGCGGUGCAGUAACUAUAAGUGGGUCAAGUUUGAGAUCAGUAAGACGGACACCAAUGAGAGUGUAGGAACGGAGAUGUUACAGGACCCGACCAUUGGAUACGACGCCUUCAGAGUCGCCCUCAUUAAAGGAGGAAUUAAACAUCAGAUGCCGUUUGAAUCAUCAGGAAGUCUGCGGUCAUUACUGAUGACAAAGACUGCAGGGAAAACUUGAAACAUCAGUCACAGGCAAAGUCCACUGGGAAAACUUGAAUAAUUUGUCACAAAGACCACCUGGAAAACUUGAAAGAACUUUCACAGACUUACAACAGAUCAAGGGACUUCAAUCACUGAAACACAGCCUGCAUAACAUCACUAGUGACCACAGAAACAACAACCGCUAAAGUUGUGCUUAAUUCACUUAAAAACGCCUGAUUUAAGAUGAAAAAGAUUUAUUACAGGUGAAGUGAAAAACGUCACACAUUCUCUCUGGCUGCUGUUGCAAACUCCGGCCUCUGUCAUAAUGGUGACAGACAUACUGAAGUACAAAUCUCUUCACUUGUUGCAGAAAUAAAGGUAAUUAGGACACUUGAUUGACUAUUCUAUAUCACGUGUUUAGGUAUGAAUCACUCCUGGUUUAAUGUGAGAAUCCCAGUGAAAUACUAGGAGGCAAGAUAAAAAGAUAUGUAUUUUAUGUGUUGUUUUCAUUAUAGGUGUAUUUAUUAAUUGUAAUAUAAAUAAUGAUAAAUAAAUACAAGAAUAU